AUGGACCCUAUCCACCUUCAGCUUCCCACUACACCCCACAAAUCUUCACCUUCACCCUCACCCUCACCCUCACCACCAGCACCAAAGCAACCCAUGCCCACCACCCCGACCCUCCAAAAACAACUCCGCCGCAUAUCCCUCCAUCCAACCCUCACCCCCUACCGCCGCCGCGUCUACCGCGUCCUCCUCUCCGUCCCCCCGGGCCGAUGGACCACAUACUCCGCCCUAGCAACCUACCUCGGCUCCAGCGCGCGCGCCGUCGGCAACGCGAUGCGCAGUAAUCCGUUCGCGCCCGAGGUCCCCUGUCAUCGCGUGCUGGCGGCGAAUGGCUCGCUGGGCGGGUACAAGGGGGAGUGGCGCGUGAGUAAGCAUAUUGCAGGCGGGGGGUUCCAGGAUGAGAAGAGGGUGAGGUUGGAGGGGGAAGGGGUGGUGUUCGAUGCGGAUGGGAAGGUGAUGGGGGUGUGUUUUGGGGACUUUCGGGAUUUUCCAAGCCCAGGGAGCUUGAAGGGCAAUUGA